UGUAGUGAAAUGGAGUUUUUUUCUCUAAAAGGUCAGGUCCGAUGCAAUGCAGACGAUGCCAACUUUACGGCCACGAUGCAAACAAUUGCAAUCGCAUCGCCAGAUGUAACAAGUGUGCGGAAGAACACAGGAGUAAAAAACACAGGAAAGUACUGUAGGGAUCGAGAGUGAGGUUAAAAGAAAAAGAUGAAGAACGUAUGGGACGAUUAUGAGAAUUAUGAACUCGUGGGGAGAGAAGCUCAGCAAAGGAACGCAAAACGAAACGAAAGUGAGGGCAUGAAAUGUAACCAGACGAAGAGCGUAAACGAAACAGAACAGAACGAAACGAACGAAACAGGAAGAGCACAAGAAAAAUGAAACAGGACGAUGACGAUGAAAAAGGAUGAAGGAAAAGCGACCGCAGCAUGCGGUCAGUCUUGUGGUUGAUUGCGACGAGAGCGGAUGCGAUAUCGUACGGACGUAAUUGUAUAAACAAUCAAAUAAAAAAAAAAGUUGUACAAUUGUAAAGCGAAUACGAAGGUGGAAGUUGGAAAGUUCUAGAAAUGUGCGAUGAUCACGACAAUGGCGCAAGUCGCAAGGGCGACAUAACAAAAGCAGAGCUGAACGCCUUGAUCGAGGCUUUGAAGAAGGAGAAAGAGAAGAAUACUUUGCUAGAGUCACAGCUGGAGGAAGCUCGCGCGAACUCUUCUAAACGACGAAAUGACUGGAUUGAAGAAGUAUCUGAUGAGCAGUUAUCCCGUAUCUCACCGUGUGGCUCAUCGACAAUGCUACAACCGGUCAUACAAUCCAACAACGAGGUUUCCAUGUUGGCGUCUAUGUCUUUCGCGACACUACAAAUACAAGCUUGUCAACCCAAGGAGGAAAAAGAAGAGGUGGAUAAGACAACAUUCGAACGAUGGAAGGAGCAAUUUGAUGCAGCAAUGGAUUUCGCGGGAAUUUCGAGUGAAUCUCUCAAGAUGAGUGCAUUCAAAAUGAAAGCAGGUCGUGCUCUGUUGAAUGUACUGGAAACUUCAGCGCCAAUUCAAUCUGAGAAAGAUGCGAAUCUUUAUUCGUACUCGAAUGCAAUUGAUAGAUUGGAUCAAUAUUACGGAUCUCAUCUAUAUGUUUUCCGUCAGCGUCAAAAGUUGCGAGCGAUGAAACAAAUCAAAGAUGAGUCUGAUUAUCAAUUUGUCAAUCGAGUGAUCGAACUUGGCAAACUUUGUAAUUACAAGGACGAGCAGUUAAUAGAGACCAUUGCUGACGUGAUUCAGAUACAUGCAAUUAAUCCCAAAGUACGCAAGGCAGGAUGGAAAAUCCUUAAGAAACGCGGGACGAUUAACGAGCUGUUGGAUAGAGUGCGAGCUUGCGAAAUUGAGGCGAUCAAUGAGAAUAUUUUCAAUAGAAAUCAACAACCACUUCAAUCUACGGCUGAGGUCUCUGCUGUUUCGUACGGUGCUUACCCAAAAACGGCGUCUCGUCUGGGGGAGUUUCAGCGUGAUAGAUUGACGUACCGACAAAAACAUUGGGGAAUGCAGGAAGAUAGAGGACCCAACAAAAAGGGCUUUACCGGAUUUGCCACAAAUCGGUCUUUUGGAAUUCGUCGUAUCGUUUGUUGGAGAUGUAACAGCAAUUCUCAUCAGCCGGAGAAUUGUUACGCUAUCGACAAGAGGUGCCGAGGCUGCCAAACUGUUGGACAUAUCGAACGAGCAUGUCGUCCUGAUCUGCAAAAUAAGGCGGUUAAACGAUACUCAACGGAGGGCGAAUCAUCUCAAUCGAGUAAAACCCGGAAGAUUGCGGCGAUUACGGAUGGUAAUGAUGCAGACAAAACUGAAUGUGAACAAAAGACUGUGAGUAAAACUUUCCUAACUGAGGCCGAUUAGCUUUCAAUUUCUAAUUCCUAAUAAAAAUUAUUUUUGUGGUUCGUUUAUGCAUUUAUCAGUAACAUACUUAUAAAAUUGCACCUGCUUCUACUUUCUUAAACGAUAGGAAGUAAACAUAUUUUCCUUUCGAGCGUUGAACUAAUCAGUAACUCUCGAAAAUUUAUAGUCACAUUCUGUAAUAAACUCUUUUAGAUAUAAAUUGCUUGCAAUUUUGCCAUAACAAUAAUUAUUAUACUUGAUAUACAACUGAAUCAAAACUAAUUAUAUUUAUGUUUUAGGUAAUAUUGGAAUCUACUUCAAGAGCUAAUUGCUAUAUCUCGGAUAUUGUUAAAUCUAAUGACGACCGGUUGUAUGUGAUAAUCCGAGGAGAAAACGAUCAAGGAUCAGUUGUAGGUUACGUAGCAGGAGUCCCCAUUAAUUUUUUGAUUGACUCUGGUGCUGACGUUAACACCAUCAGCGAAGAUAAUUUUGAUUGUUUAUGUAGAAGUGAUCCUGAAAAAACGAAAAUUUUCAACGUAAGAGACGGAACGGAUCGUUCCUUGAAAGCUUACGGCAUGAAAGAUGAAAUUCCGGUAGUGGCUUUUUUUGUCGCUGAGCUGUUCAUCUCAAUGGACCGUCCACGUACAAUGGAAAAAUUCUACGUUAUUCCAAAAGCGCGAGCAUUGCUUAGCAGGAAUACUUCGUUAAGAUAUAGCGUGCUACAACUUGGUAUGGAAGUGCCAGUUAAGACAAACAUGGGAAAUGACACAACACGAUUAAUGCCGGGAGAGAUUUUUGUAUUAGCAGAUUCGUCAGAAUUUCCUAAAUUCAAUGUUCUUCCUGUGAUGUUGACUUACGAUAAAGGGAUUCCACCGUCUAGGAACGUAUUUACUAGCAUCCCUCCAGCAUUUAGGAACGAGACAGUAAAACGAUUAGACGAACUUUUAUCCUGCGGAAUUAUAGAACGGGUUACGGAUGAGAUGGAAAAUUCAUUCUGUUCAUCUUUAUUGGUGGUCCCUAAAGGCAAGAAUGAUAUUCGCUUAGUCGUAGACCUUCGAGGCCCAAAUAAGAGCAUAAUAAGAACACCAUUUCUGAUGCCCACAUUAGAGGCCAUUUUAGCGCAACUGAACGGCGCAUCAUGGUUUACAACCAUCGAUUUAUCAAGUGCAUUUUUUCAUGUGGAGUUACAUGAGGACUGCAGGCAUUUGACGAACUUUUUUGCUGGCAAUGGAACAUAUAGAUUCAAGAGGCUACCAUUCGGUCUUUGCAACGCACCCGACAUCUUCCAAGAGAUUCUACAAACCAAGGUACUUACAGAAUGUAAAGGGGUGCUUAACUAUUUGGACGAUAUAUUGGUUUUUGGUAGCUCAAAAGAAGAGCACGAUAUUAAUUUGGAAAAGACCCUUCAGCGGCUGCGCGAACACAACGUCAGGCUUAACUCAGCUAAAUGCGUAUUUGGAUCGAGAUCGGUCAAGUUCCUGGGAUUUAAGUUAUGUGGAGACGGAUGGCGUAUUGAGGAUGAUAAGAGGAAGGCGUUGGAAAAUUUUCGAAGGCCAGAAACAUUGUCUGAAGUGAAGAGUUUUCUAGGAUUGGUAAACUUUACGGAACGCUUUAUUCACAAACGUGCCGAAAAGACCACAAAGCUAAGGACACUUGCCAAGUCGGGCAUUUUCUACUGGACAGAUAAGGAAAAUCAAGAGUUCGAAUUUUUGAAAACAGAUGCACUAAACUCUAUCAUCAGACUCGGCUAUUUCGAUCAUAAAGACAGGACAGAACUAUACGUGGAUGCGUCCCCUAUCGGACUUGGCGCUGUACUCGUGCAAUUCAGCGAAUCCAAAAUUCCACGUAUAAUAUCUUGCGCAUCGAAGUCUCUCACACCAGCAGAACAAAGAUAUCCCCAAACUCAAAAAGAGGCACUUGCGAUUGUUUGGGGUGUUGAAAGAUUUGCUUAUUAUUUGAUAAACAAACACUUCAUCGUUAGAACAGAUUCCGAAGCCAACGAAUUCAUUUUCGGCGGAUCACAUCGUAUUGGUAGGCGAGCUAUGACGCGGGCGGAAGCAUGGGCUCUACGUUUGCUGCCGUAUCACUUUAACAUCGAAAGAGUUCCAGGGUGUCUAAAUGUUGCUGACGCUUUAUCAAGGCUGAUUUGCAAAUCGCAGAAAGAUGACGCUUUCGAUGAGGACAACGAGAAACACAUAUUGUACGCGUUGGAUGCAGGAGAUAUGACCAUUUCUUGGACGGAAAUACAAGCGGCAUCUGAAGCGGACGAAGAACUAGGAGUUGUGAGAUCAGGAAUUCAAACUGGAAAAUGGCCCAAAGAUCUUCGACGUUACGAAUCUGAGUCAAAACACUUAAGAACGCUGGGUGACAUAGUCUUCAAAGGUGACUUAAUCGUUUUGCCAUCUAAUCUUCGCGUCAGAGCACUGAAAGCGGCACAUCGAGGACAUGUAGGCUGUGGGGCUACGAAACGUAUCCUACGUGAGUUUUUCUGGUGGCCAAACAUGGCAAAGGAGGCGACAAAGUUUGUAUCGGAUUGUGAAACCUGUUUAGUCAUAUCAAAAAGAAAUCCUCCGAUUCCACUUUCCAGUAGAGAACUACCAGACGGCCCCUGGGAGAUCCUACAAAUCGACUUUUUGUCCCUGCCUGGUUGUGGCUCUGGUGAAUUUCUGUUGACGGUGGAUACUUAUUCUAGAUAUUUACACGUUUCCGAGGUUAAGCAAACGGAUGCUCGGACCACUAAUGAUGCCCUUUGUAGAGUUUUUUCAGUUUGGGGUCUACCACGCAUUAUACAAAGUGACAACGGACCACCCUUCCAAGGAACGGAAUUCAUUAAGUAUUGGGAGGAUAAAGGAGUGAAGGUUCGAAAAUCAAUUCCCCUCAGUGCUCAAUCCAACGGAGCCAUCGAGCGGCAAAACCAGGGCGUGAUAAAAGCGGUGGCGGCAGCGAAACAGGAAGGCAGACUCUGGAGGUACGCAUUGGACGAGUACAUUCACAUUCACAAUACACGGAAGCAUCACUCACGAUUGGGUGUUACCCCGUUUGAGUUGUUAGUCGGUUGGCGGUAUCGUGGGACAUUUCCGUGUCUGUGGAACUCGCGAGAAACGAUAGACAGGAUUGCGGCUAGGGAAAAUGAUGCGGUUUCGAAACUAGUUAGUAAACAAUUUGCAGAUGCUCAUCGUGGGGCAAAAGAAAGUACUAUUACUGCAGGCGAUGUUGUCCUGACUACAGUUUUUCAAAGAUCAAAAACCGAUCCUACAUUUUCUAAAGAAAAAUUUACAGUGCUAGCAAGAGAGGGAGCGAAGGUUGUAAUAGUAAAUGGAAAGGGUAUGAAAUUGACUAGGAAUAUACAGGAUGUAAAACGGGUUUCAAAUUGCGAUAGGAAAAAGAAAUUUGAAGAGGAUUUAGAGGAACCGAUCGAAGUUACAGAAAGUACUAAUAAUGUCAGUGAUCAGUACAGUAGACCCAAGAGAAACAUACGGUUGCCUAACAGAUAUCAAGAAUCAGUAAUGUAUCACAUUUGCUACCAGGAGUAGAGGUGAAGGAGGAUGUAGGGAUCGAGAGUGAGGUUAAAAGAAAAAGAUGAAGAACGUAUGGGACGAUUAUGAGAAUUAUGAACUCGUGGGGAGAGAAGCUCAGCAAAGGAACGCAAAACGAAACGAAAGAGAGGGCAUGAAAUGUAACCAGACGAAGAGCGUAAACGAAACAGAACAGAACGAAACGAACGAAACAGGAAGAGCACAAGAAAAAUGAAACAGGACGAUGACGAUGAAAAAGGAUGAAGGAAAAGCGACCGCAGCAUGCGGUCAGUCUUGUGGUUGAUUGCGACGAGAGCGGAUGCGAUAUCGUACGGACGUAAUUGUAUAAACAAUCAAAUAAAAAAAAAGUUGUACAAUUGUAAAACGAAUACGAAGGUGGAAGUUGGAAAGUUCUAGAAAUGUGCGAUGAUCACGACAAGUACCAAAGCACAAAUUAAAGUGCAUUAAAGUGCAAUCAUACCGUCAGUUACAGCGGGUGUCCAAAGCGACAUGCACCUAAGACUGCCAAACCGCUAUCUAGGCCAUCAAGUGGAUUCAACAUGGUCAGUUAUAACUUCCCAGCACUUCCUCCUUCCGCUCCAAUCCCAGGUUGGAAGCAAAUAAACACAAAAACUACAAGAUUUGAAAAUCCUGAAACCCAAAACACCACGCCUGGAGAUCAGGAACUUUUUAAUGCAGAGGAAAUUGUUCCAAUCGUAGGAGUAGUUUUUCAAAAACUAAAAAAUGCAAAACCAAACAAGAUCAUAUCACAGUGACCAUAGAAGUAAUAGCUAAAUUCUGUUUCCCGUGAUAGAUGCUAGCAAUGAUAGCUUAAAAAUUUCCUACUGAAAUGCCAAUGGCAUUGCCAAUAAACGAUAUGAUUUGGCUCAUUACCUUAAUCACCACGAUAUCCAUGCCAUGCUGAUAGUAGAAACAUCAACCAAUUCAAAAACCAGUCAAUACAUUCCAUUCCAAGUUAUAAAACAUACAGAAUAGACAGAACAACAGGCCCAAAGGGAGGAGUACUUAUACUAAUUAAAAACAAUUUAAAACAUCAACAAACAAAACACCUAUAACUUUCGAUUUUAGAAACCAUUGGCAUUAAAAUAUUUACA